AGGCAGGCGGAGAAUUAAAAGCGGGUUCCAGGCGGCAGCAGGCCCCUCCCCUGCCCACGGCAGGAGACCGCGGGCGAGGAGCGCUGGCAGCCCUGGGGCCGACCCCAGGCGGGCAGCCGGAUAGCCGCGCUCUGGAUCGCCUUGGUGGGCUACUGUCUUUUGGGGAAAGGGUCUUGUUUCGGAGCAUCGUCAGCAGGAAGGCGGAGAGGCCGCGGGGAGGCCUUGGCAGCUCUGGGAGAAUCCCCCGGGCCUCUCCGGGGGGGCCCCUGCGGCCUCUUCUUGGGCUGCUGCGUCCAGUCGCGUCAGCAGCCCGGGAAGCCAAGCUGGCAGGUGCGGAGCAAGCAUGAAGAGACAGCGGAAGGACUUUCCCGGACCGUGCUGUCGCUCACCGGCCCGCACCAAUCACCACGCAGCUUGCCCUCGGGCCCUCCUCUGUGAGGGGCGUGUCCACAGUGAGUGAUAGACAGAGCCGCCCGCCCCGCUCAGCCCAGCCCACGUUGCUGCUUAGAUUGAAAUGCAGAACUCAAGCCACUUUCUACGGGGCACAGACUUCCUUUUACUCCUUCCUUUUGCACUCUCACCGACUCCUCCGGGGAAGAAGCGGAGGCACCCACGGUCUGGGGCAGCGACGGGCUGGGCCACUGAGGCCGUGCAAAAAGUUUCUUUCUGGGAGCUCGGAACUGGGGCCCGCUUGGUGUGCUGCUCGGAGCAAUGGAGCCAGCCUUUGGGGAGGUGAACCAGCUGGGAGGAGUAUUCGUGAACGGGAGGCCGCUGCCCAAUGCCAUCCGGCUUCGCAUCGUGGAACUGGCCCAACUGGGCAUCAGACCGUGUGACAUCAGUCGCCAGCUACGGGUCUCUCAUGGCUGCGUCAGCAAGAUCCUGGCGCGCUACAACGAGACAGGCUCGAUCUUGCCUGGAGCCAUCGGGGGCAGCAAGCCUCGGGUCACUACCCCCACUGUGGUGAAGCACAUCCGGACCUACAAGCAGAGGGACCCCGGCAUCUUCGCCUGGGAGAUCCGGGACCGCCUACUGGCCGACGGCGUGUGUGACAAGUACAACGUGCCCUCUGUGAGCUCCAUCAGCCGCAUCCUGCGUAACAAGAUCGGCAACUUGGCCCAACAGGGCCAUUACGACUCAUACAAACAGCACCAGCCUGCACCGCAGCCGGCGCUGCCCUAUAACCACAUCUACUCCUACCCCAGCCCCAUCACGGCGGCCGCCGCUAAGGUGCCCACGCCACCUGGGGUGCCCGCCAUCCCCGGCUCGGUGGCCAUGCCGCGCACCUGGCCGUCCUCGCACUCCGUCACCGACAUCCUGGGCAUUCGCUCCAUCACCGACCAAGGAGUGAGCGACAGCUCCCCCUACCACAGCCCCAAGGUGGAGGAGUGGAGCAGUCUGGGACGGAACAGCUUCCCCGCCGCCGCCCCGCACGCGGUAAACGGGCUGGAGAAGGGAGCCCUGGAGCAGGAAGCCAAGUACGGUCAGGACACGGAUGGCAACAUGCCAGUGGCACCCCACUUUCCCCCCACAACUGUGACAUUCCUGCAUCGCUGGCGUUCAAGGGAAUGCAGGCAGCCAGAGAAGGUAGUCACUCUGUCACCGCUUCCGCACUCUGAUGGGAAAUUCCGUCUGCAACAGCCUCACCCAGCCACCCCCCUCCGCCCACCCUCCCCCUCCUGCCCUCCAACCCUUUUGCCUGGAGAGCUGGCUGUAUGGACUCACAUCCUUUGUGCUGAUGACAAUUAUUUCUUGCCAUAACUUCUCUCUCACAGAAAACCUGACAGGACGUUAGAAUUUAAAAACAAAAGCAAUAUUAAGGACUGAAUGAGACAUUUGUGCUGCCCACACACUGUUCUAAUGUAGUGAAGAAACCUGCACCCCUCAAAGGGCUUAAGGAACUUUUUAAACUAGUCUUUGGUAAAACCACAUGUGUAUAUUUAUUCUAAAUCGACCUAAACUUUUGAAAUGUGCAAUUGUUGAGAUUUUGCAAAAUCAAUAAAGGAAAAUACAUAUAGAAAAAAGUUAUGCUACACCCUCUAAUCAAAUAAGGUGACCAAAUAAGUCUUAAUUCAUCAUUAGGAAACCAAUCAAUAAUUGAUUUGUUUGAGUGAUCCUUUGUUUAUUUUUAAGAGGUGACCUAUUUUGUUGGAGAAUAUAUGUAUAAGACAAGCAAUAUCUGAAUUUAGCUUCUCCCGGUGUUCUGACUUGGUUCCAAAUAUGACAAUGUUUAUAUUUCCUAUUAGUUUGUAAAUAUGGACUCUGGAUGGUGCAUUUGUGUUUUCAUUCCGUGGGAUACCCCCCUCCCCCAACCCUCUCUAUUUUUUCUUUCUUUUCACAAAGGUGACUUUCUGGCAAUGUCUUUGUCUCUGUUUGGUGGUGGGCUGCUCAGGCUCCUGGACCUGGACUUGCCAUAAAUUCUGUGUGUGCAGUGAAGGCUUCCACAUGUCAUGAAGGACGUUUUCUUUCUACAGCAGAGGAUUCAAAAAACAGCCUCAACAAGCCAGUCUCCCAUUCUGUAUCCUACCUAAUCCAACAACACACACGCCAAACAUGCAAAGACAAGAGAGGGUGGAAAAUAUCUGAACAAGAAGGCUCUAAGGGAAGUCACUUAGAAACUUACGUUUAAUGUGAAACACUUUGCAAAGACACUUAAAAUGAACUUUAUGUUAAGAAAACCACUGUGAAACUAAAUUGUACUGUUAUUGUUGGCUUACCUGUGUGUUCAGCAAUCUCAGCCCAAAAUUAUGUUGUAAUUUAAAGAAAAUGGAAAAUUCUGCUCUAAUGAAUGUACAAAUGGCUUGCUGUGAAGUUUACAUUGUUGUACAGAAGCAUGUUUCACAUGUAGGUAAACUGGUGGUGGUAUUAGAAAUACAAAUCCUAUUUAAUUUUUAAAUUUCCCUUUAUUCAUUUCUGGAGUUACAGGACACAGUUUAACUGAUAAGUCUUUCUAGACCAAUUUUAAUGUUAAUAAUAGAGCUGUGGGGUAUAUGUGUGUGUGAGCGUGUGAUUACGUGUUGUAUUUUAAAACAACUGAUUUUCCUGGGCAAAAUUCUACAGUUUUUAUCUCUUCUGUUGAGAACGUUCGUCCUGUUUGGCAAUAUAGGCUUUAAAAUACAUUUUUAAAACAUUGGUACAAUCCAUCUAUUGGAAAAUUAAUAUAUUGCAAGUUUUUGGUAUUCUGUGCAAUAACGACAAGGGCACAUCACUGGACGUGGGUGUGAUAGAUGUGUUCGUUAGGCGAUUUCGACGUCUUCCUGUCUGUGCUGUGCACAGCCCACGUGGCAAUCCAGCUCCCUCACAUUGGUUUCGUGGCUUCAUUUAAAACUCAGAUGGCUAGAUUAGCUAGGUUUUCAAGUCACUAGGAUGUAAACAGUAAGCAGAUUGCUGACCUACGAGUUAUGUCCAAGGAGCUGCUUUCUUCAAGCAGCAGAUAUCAUAUAGAGAGCUUUGAACUGCAUUCAUUUCUAAAGCAACCGAAAUUCAGUGCUACAAACAGAGGAUUAUAACUUCAGGAGAAGAAUAAGCAGAAGGAGCAGAUGAACUCUCAGGGCCAUAGUCUUCCUUUGAUCUUGCAAAACUCCUGUUGACAUCUGGAGUUCCUAGUCUGGUGAGAAAAUAGACUAUAAACCUAGUGAAACAAAAAUACCAAUCCAGUAUCUUGGUGGAGACUUUAAAACCAUACCAUACAGGGACUCUCCUGCUGCCCAGAAAAAAUGACAUAAGGUACAGGAUUAUUCCUUAUCAGAUGUUUUUAGGUGGCUAUUUGUAGUCUUUAAAAAACUAUCAAUUGUUUGUAUGGAAACAUAACUAAAUGUUAUUUUCUUUAUCUAAAUUAAGAAAUCUCUUGUUAUGCUAUUUAUAAUUUUUUCUGGUUCUGUGUGUUUUAAAAAUCUAAUAUUAAUGAUAUCAAAGUCUUCUUGUUUUCUUUUCUUUUCCCCCCUCUAGGUCUUUUCUUAGUAACAGCGAAUUCACAUGAAAUAAAUUUAAAAAAACAACAGAACCCCAAAUACAAUUUGCUAUACGGAGCAAUUAUGGUUUAAAGCUACUUUUAAAAAUAAGAGAAGGAAAAUGGGAUGGGAUAUGAGGUUGAGAUGGUUGGACUUUUAAACAUUAUUACUAUUGAGUAAUGUUGACAUAUUUCCUCUGUUUCUUAGGGGGUGAAAGUGUUUUUUUAACUGGCAAGUGCAUUCUUCAGAGAUUCUCUUCCACACGGAGAGGUGGAAGAGUCAAUUCCAUGGGCUCUCUCCCAGUGGAGGAGAAUUACCUGCAAGGACAGGAUGCAGUUGUACAAUAGACACAUUCUUAUAUCUCUUGUUUUUCUCCUACUUUCGAUGACACUCUUUUGAACAUUGGGCUGAACUAUAAAUUAAAGAAAAACACGCUGGAAAGGAUGUACAACCGAAGGCUGCGUAUGUAUAUACAGUAUGUCAAAAGCCUUUAUUUUUAUACUUCAAAUUCUCUAAGUUAAUAAAAAGUAAUAAUUACCACGUUA